GGGCCACUGACCAUGGCAAUACAUUUGAUUCUGAUUUCUACUAUUUGUUUUUAGAAAUAACAUUCCAAGAGAGGAAGAGUGUCAAUAGUCACUAUUUUUCCACAUAUAAAAAGGAUUUUCCUUCAGGACUUUUGGCUCAGCACUAUUGAGCGUUGGCCGAGGUUCCUCUGGUGGUGACUCAAAGAAGGGUUGAAAAACACUGGCCGAGGUGAUGGGGAACGUCAUGAAUGUGUUUGGAUUAUUGUGUUGUUGCUUCUAUAGCCGAUAAAUGUGUCCUUGUAGCAAUGUGCUGAGGCUUAUUGGCAACUGCUGGUCUCAGCAUUGUGUGGUCCUCUUUUAUUGACACGCUGUGGCCCUGGAGCUUUGAGGACACGCCCACUUCACUCUGAGCAACAAACACAGCAGUGUAAUGGCUCCUAUAGCUUGUUGCCUGCAUGAAGCAAUUGAUCCAUAGUCAUGUCCUCAUUCCUACGCAGCAUCAGCACUCUUCAAAUUCUCACCUUCUUAAAAAAGGCAGCAAAAACCCAUAAACAAUCAUAUUUGUUGAUCCAAAAUCCUUUUCAGUGCGUAGAGAUGUGUUGAGAAGAGAAAAGAAAAGAUGUCGCAGCGCCAUUUGAGGAUGAGUCAGCUGUUUAGCAAUGUAUACAGCCAACAUAGAGAAGAUUGACUACGAUGACGAGAAGGUGCUGAUCCAUUACCGUCAGUGGAGCCACCGCUACGACGAAUGGUUUGACUGGACAAGUCCGUACCUGAGACCCGUCGAGAGGGUCCAGCUGAGACGACAGGGCCUGUCGGAAGACGCCGGGCCGGUUUAUCACGUGAAUGACAAAGUAUUGGCCAGUUGGUCUGACUGCCGUUUCUACCCUGCAAAGAUCCUCUCCAUUAACAAGGAUUCAGCAUCGUACACCGUGAAGUUCUACGACGGCGUCAUCCAAACCGUGAAAGACAUACAUGUCAAGCCUUUCAGUCGAGUGAGAGGUAGAGGAAAGUCACUCUCAUCUGAAAGAAACAUGGUCAGAAGAGGGCCGAACCGAGGGUUCAGGCGGGCUCAUGAGAACGGCGGUCCAAAGAACAAGCGGGCCAGACGCAGCACCUCCGACCAGGAGGACGAGAGCAACAGCGAAGAUGAGGAGCAUGAUGAGAGAUUAGUCGGCGAAAGGGAGAAGAAGACGAACGGCAAGUGCGAUCCGGAGCUGGCCAUCAAGCAGGAGGAGGACACCCAGUCGGACCAGAGCCAGCCGCGGGAGACGGAGGAGGGCUCGGCGCUCACAAAUGGUGUGAAGCUAGAGGAAGAUGAGAAGCGAAACGGUGAAAGAUGUCGUGUCAACGGAGAAGCAAAGAAAGAGGAGUCUGGUCUGAAUGGUACAAAGCCAUAUAAGGAGUCACCCAAGCCAUACACCGAGGUGCCUCAUCAGUCAGAGGAGCUGUCGGUCACCAUGGCAGCCACCGUGUCAAGUGGAGGCGCCGAUGAGAAGCCCAACACUGAAGCAGCGGUCUCUCAGCCUUCUGCUGCUGCUCCUCCUCUCAAACCUGUGAAACCGGUGAGAAAACAAGGUUUCCACAACCCCAACAGGUUCAGCAGAGAACCCUUGUACAGAGUUAUCAAGAACCAACCUCCUCCAGUUCUGUCCAUCAACCUCGACCACAACCCGUUUAAGUGCAGCGCACCCGGCUGCACAAAGUCAUUCCGAAAAGCCAAGCUGCUGCACUAUCACAUGAAGUACUACCACGGAGAGGAGCAGUCGAUGGAGGCCGACCGCAGUCCCACCAGGAGCGUCCAGACACGUGCCUCAGAUAAACGAAACCCUGGCCCCAGUUUUGAUGGUCCAAAAAGAAGGCGAACCAUCUCAGCCUCUAUGCAUUCUGUUGUAGCCCCUGUCGUCGCCCGAGGGGAAAUGAAAGCUCCCGGCAGGCGAACGUCAGCGCCACCUGCUGUUAAUUCCCAGAGCCAUCAUCAGAGGACGCUUCUGAGGGAGAAGAGUAAAGAGAACCAGCUGGAUAGGAACGGAUGCCAGAAGCAAGACAAAGACUGGAACACAUGCGACACCAGUUCAGUCAAAGACAGGCUCAAAGACAAACCCAGGCAGAAGGAUUUCCUCCGCAUCAAGCUAAAGAAGAGGAAAAGGAAGAAGAAGGCCAAGUCAGACUACACAGGUAGUGAGGAGAAUAUUGACAUCUCAGUAUUGAGUCUGCCAUCAAAAUUGAAUUCGCAACUCAAACCUCACCCCUCACACAAUCACAAGCCCGAGGCCUACCAAAGCUGCAGGCCUGGAUACAGCUACUCAGAGCAGAUAAAUGUGGAUGAAGAGGACAGCUUCAGCGACUGGUCCACCGACAGCUGUGGGUGGAGUGAUGAGGACUACGGACUGGAUCUGGAUGUCACGACGCCACCUCUCAGUCUGGACUCUGGUGCCGCCGAUGCCAAUGACCAGGAGAUCGUUCGCUGCAUCUGUGAGGUGGAGGAGGAGAAUGACUUCAUGAUCCAGUGUGAAGACUGUCUUUGCUGGCAGCAUGGCACUUGCAUGGGGCUUUUGGAAGACAACGUUCCUGACAAAUACACCUGCUAUAUCUGCAGGGACCCACCUGGUCAGAGGCAGAGUCUGCGGUACUGGUACGACCGUGACUGGUUGAGCAACGGCCACAUGUAUGGCCUCUCCUUCCUGGAGGAAAAUUACUCGCACCAAAACGCCAAGAAGAUCACCACCACCCACCAGCUGCUCGGCGACGUGCACCAUGUGUUGGAAAUCCUCAACGGGCUGCAGCUGAAGAUGAGCAUCUUGCAGGGAAACGCACAUCCUGACCUGCAGCUGUGGCGUCAGCCCUGGAGGCAGGCAGAAAGGACACUCCCUUGCUACGACUCCUGCCGCGGCAGCUUCGCCGCUCCCUCCCCCAUCACUCCCGAAGAGGACAUGAGCCGCGGCGAGAUCCUCAUGUCCAACGCUCUGGAGAAGCUGAGUCGUGCCGCCACUUCAGCCACUGCGUCGUCCACCUCCUCCUCCCCCUUCCCUUCCUUCCAAGACUCGUACAUCAUCAGCGAACACUGCUAUCAGAAACCCAGGGCUUAUUAUCCGGCGGUGGAGCAGAGGCUGGUGGUGGAGACCAGGCAAGGCUCGGAACUGGAGGACAGCAUGAGGAGCACGGAGGAACUGCUGGAGCGGGAGCAGCGUUACGGGAGCCUGCUCGAGACGGAAAAGCCCAAGCCAGUGAAUCCGAACAAGACUUUGACAGGAGCCUUGUGCGCUCAGCCUGAGGUGAAGGAUGAAGUUGGAAGUGAUUCAAGAGCAAAUGCAGACAAGAGCGUGCUGCACCAGCAGUGGCAGAUCAACCUGCUGGAUCACAUCGAUGCAGUGCAGGACGAGGUGUCGCACAGGAUGGACUUCAUCGAGAGGGAGCUGGAUGUGCUCGAAAGCUGGCUGGACUACACAGGUGAACUGGAGCCUCCUGAACCUCUGGCCCGACUCCCGCAGCUGAAACACCGCAUGAAGCGACUGAUGACACAGCUGAGCAAGGUGCAGAAGAUCGCCCUCUACAGCGCCACAUGAGGGCGCCAGAUAGCAGCGGCAUGAAAGACGACAGUGCAGCAUGUUUGCUUGUGACCCCGUCUGGUGGCACCUCUGUUUUUAACGUUGUGGUGGGUUCUGACGUGACAGCCAGUACUUAAAGGAUGUCUGGGUCGGCCCCAACUGGGGUUGUCUCUGUAGCUGUUAACUGUCCAGCUCCGAGUACUUGACAGUUUCCAUGCAAUUCUAUAAAAGCCUUUUGUCUGUGGAACAGCUGAAGGCUGCUCUGUCGGAGCAAAGUGCUUUACAAACAGAAGCUUUAUAUUCUCAUGGUGAUUUAACUUCUUGAAGUACAUGGCCUCUUUGUUUUCCAUUGUUCUGGCAUUGGCGUGCGUUUCAGUUGUGUAUUCCUUCAUCCAGCCCUCACUGUUCACUGACAGUAACUUGAAUCCCAGUUGGUAACAGCACUUUACAAACAGCCUCAACAAAUCACAUGUUCAGUUUUUGACCUUCUGGAGUCUGUCUUCUACACUGUGAAGUUAUUUUGGAAUCAAAGGCAUCUUAUUUUUAGCUCUGUACGUGUAAUUAACAUGGUUUGUGCUUCGUCUUGUCCUGCUGCUUCUCCUUUGGUUGUUGAGUUUGGUUAUUCAGUCACUCGUUUCCUUUCUUCUGUUAUUGCACUUGAUCCUAAUUGUUCUUUUUAACUGGUACACUGUGUGUCGUGUCCUCCCUCGACCCCACCAUCUUGUCCCCCCCGUCAGUUAUAUGCUACUUACUCUUUGAUUUGCUUUUCUUCAUUUAGGUUUUUUCUGGUUGUUUGUAAAUAUGUCUUUGAGAUUGUGCUCUUUUGUUGAACGCAUUCGACGAAUAUUGUAUGCUACCAAUACUGUAAGUGUCUGGCUUAGAAGCAGGGAAAAUGUCAAACAAUGCAAACAGAUUUGUUGGUACACAAAUAAAUUAUCCUUGUUCUUGUUA